AUGCACGCACGACUGCUGGACGACCCUCUACGUUUCUAUGCCUUGGUUGACAGCGACCCCGACGGCAUGGCUAUCAUGUCAACCUAUAAAUACGGCCCAAUGGCGCAUACACGAGAAAAUGCAAGACUAAAUAUUCCAUGCUUGCGCUGGUUGGGGCUGCGCACGUCCGAUGUCGCGGCAGGCGCCAGCCCACUGGGAGAUGAUGCACUCAUUCAACUGACGCCGAGGGACCGGAAAAAGAGUAUCGCCAUGCUCUCAAGCAAUCCGGUGUGGGCAGCGGAUGGGCCCGAGCCUGAAUGGCGUGCGGAGUUACAGCAGAUGCUUAUGCUUAACCUGAAAGCUGAGCUGGAGAUCCUUUAUGACCGAGACGGUGGAAUUGAAGAAUGGAUUGAUCAGAAGAUGACCACCGUAGACCAAUGA